CCAGUAGUACUAGUACUCCAUGGCUAGCUUCUAUUAUAUAUACAUAUAGAUCAACUCAGGAUAUCUUCAUUGUUCUCAUUGUCUAAGCCCGCAAAUUACCAAUAUUCCCACCUUCCACAAUUAAGCUUCUAAAUCUCUCGCAUUGCAUUCAUGGGCCAAAUCAUCGCCACUCUAAGACCCUCUUCAUCUACUAAUUCCGAGAAUACUAAGAAAAGAAAAAGAGACGAUUCAUCUUGUUCGGAAGAAGAUGAAAGAAUCAUAAGCUCUUCCUUACCUUCUUCCUCGACGGCUCGAUGGAAACAUGAUGUUUUCCUUAGUUUCUGUGGCGAAGACACUCGCAGAAGUUUUACGGAUCAUCUAUAUUCCUAUUUAAAAGGGAAAGGUAUUCUCGUCUUUAGGGAUGACGAAUCACUCGAGCGAGGAACAUACAUUUCUCAAGAGCUUAUGCAAGCAAUUCAAGAAUCCCGAUACGCCAUUGUCAUUUUUUCAGAAAAUUAUGCUUUUUCAAAAUGGUGCCUCAGGGAACUUGCCGAGAUCGUUGAAUGGGAGGAAAAGAAGAAUCUCACAAUUAUUCCUAUUUUCUACCAUGUGGAUCCUUCCGAUGUAAGAAAACAAAGAGGGACUUUUGCAAAAGCUUUCGCCGCACAUGAAAAUCAUCUCAGGGUAGACAUCGAAGAGAUUAAUACUUGGAGAAAUGCUUGCACAAAAGUCGGUUAUAUUAAGGGAGAGCACAUAAAUGGGGACAGGUACGAGUCAACAAUUAUACAACAAAUCAGUGAAAUGAUACUCUACAAUUAUACAAUGCCAAAUAUUCUAAUUCAUGAAAACCAGAAAAUUGUUGGAAUAGACUCCCGUGUAGGGGAAAUUUUGAACUUAUUGCAUAUGGAAUCGAAUGACGUUCGCUUCUUAGGAAUUCAUGGGAUGGGUGGCGUUGGUAAAACAACGCUGGCGGAAAUAAUUUAUUGUAGAUUUUCUUGUCGAUUCGAAGGAAGCAGCUUUAUUUCUUGUACCGGCCAAAGAUCUACUACUGCUCGUGAUCUAGCUUCUUUACAAAAAGAACUCCUUUCUGCAAUCAUGAAAGAGAAAAUACGUGUAUACAAUCAAUACCAGGGAAAUGGGACGAUAAUGGAGAUGCUGCAGAAUAAAAAGGUUCUUAUCAUCCUUGAUGAUGUGGAUUGUGAAAAGCUACUGUCGGCAUUAGCAGGGGAUCGGAAAUGGUUUGGUCGAGGGAGUAGGGUGAUUAUAACAUGCAGAGAUAGCCAUCUAUUGACAACACAUAAAGUGAAUUGUAAGUAUGAGGUUCAGCCGCUUGAAACCCCAUAUGCUUUGCAACUCUUUAGUUUGUCAGCCUUCAACAAAAACCAUCCUCCAGAUAAUUACAAGUAUCUAUCUAUGGAUUUUGUGAAAUAUAGUGGAGGCCUUCCUUUAGCUCUUAAAGUUUUGGGUUCCUUCUUAGUUGAGAGAACAUUAGAUUCAUGGAAAAGUAUUAAGGAUAAAUUGGAAGCGAUUCCUAAUACAGAAAUUUUUGAUAUUCUUAAAAUAAGUUUUGAUUGGCUGGAGGAAUCGCAGAAAAAAUUGUUUUUGGAUCUGGCAUGUUUAUAUUUGAUAUGGCCUUUUAACCUCUACGAUUUGAAGGAAAUAUAUCCGGCCAUCGACUUUGAGGUUCUCGCCGACAAGUCCCUCCUAAGCAAAUCAGAUUAUGAUAAAGGGUACUUGAAGAUGCAUGAUUUGCUAAAAAAAAUGGGCCAGGAAAUAGUUCGCCUCGAAGAUCCUGUAAAACCUGGACGACGUAGUAGGCUGUGUUGUAAGGAGGAUGUCCUUCACGUGCUGGAGAAAGAUACUGGAACUGAAGCAAUUGAAGUCAUAUGCCUCUAUGAUCUUGCUGGACAAGCGAAACCAUUCAAUAUUAAAGCCAAAGCAUUCUCAGAGAUGAAAAAUUUGAGAUUUCUUUAUUUCUGUCUUUCUCCAUCAUAUAUAAACUGGCCUGGAUAUCCUUUAGAAUGCAUGCCAAGCGCAUAUAUAAAGUGGGAUGGAAAUCCUUUACAAUACGUGCCAAGCGAUAAGUUGCAAUUACUAGACUGGGAGAGUUGUCCUUCGACAUCCUGGCCGGACGGUUUCCGGCCAAAAGGUCUUAUUAAACUAAGAAUGCAUCACAGCCGCUUCGAACGACUGUGGGAGGGAUUGAUGGUUUUAGACAAUUUGAAGAUCAUAGAUCUGAGUUAUUCUGAUAGUUUGGUUGAAAUACCAAAUUUGAGUGGAGUCCCAAACCUUGAGAAAAUAAACCUGACAGGGUGUAAUAGCUUGCGUGAGGUCCACCCAUCCAUCGGAACUCUCAGACGAUUACAAGAAUUACAAAUGCACGGGACCAAAAUCAAACAAUUAUGGAAGGGGACGUUGGUGGUUUUAGACAAUUUGAAAUAUUUAGGUCUGAGUGGUUGUGAUGAAUUGAUUGAAACACCAAAUUUGAGUCAAGCUCCAAAUCUUGAGGAAAUAGAUUUUUCAGAUUGUAAGAACUUGUGUAAUGUCGAUCCAUCCAUCAGAUUUCUCAGACAACUAAAACAUUUGAGAUUAAACGGAUGUCCAAGACUUGAGUAUUUCCCGACUACUCUGGGAGAUAUGAUAUCUCUAGAGAACUUGAGUUUACCAUCAUCGGAAGUCUCAAUUUUUCCGAAUGUUAUUUAUAGUUUUUCAUCUCUUGAAAGUCUCUGGUUGGAUGGUUGGCCAAGAUUAGAGAAAUUGCCAGAACUGAGUAAGUUGGAAUGUUUGAAGGAAUUUAAGGCAUAUGAAACUUCUAUAUCACAAAUACCAUCUAUCAAUCUAAUCCCCAAGAGCAUCCGUUGCUUUGAACUCGAAGGAGGAAAGAGGAUGCCACGUGAAUCAAGAGACUUGGUUAUGUUCAAUAAUGACUGCUCUUUGCCGAAACAAAGCUCAUAUCCCACCAAUCAUGAUAUCGGAUCACCUGUAGAAUAUGAGACAGAAGAAAAGUUUUCGGUGCAAAUUCAUUGUGACUAUGAUGCCUUACGGGUGUCGAUACGAAGGUGUUCAUUGGGAUCUAGAAUCCCGGAGUGGGUCCACAAUAAAAGUAAUGGCUCCUCUCUAAAGAUGGAGUUGGAUGGUAAUACGAUGUCGGUGAUGGGGAUUGCUAUCUUUAUUGUUUGUCAAUUCCAUUCAAUUCGUCCGGUUCGUUUCAGGGGAUAUGAAAGGGUGGAGUUUCCAAUUUGGUUGGAUGACAAUACCCCAAAAAAAAAAUUUUGCACAUUUUCGUUUGCACUUUCCAAGGACGUCAUUUUGGAUAAGCCAAUUGUAUUAUCGGAGUAUUUAUGGGAGCCGGGAUUUUUGAAAAGCUGGGAAUGGAAGAGGAGUCUGGAUAAACGGAAGAUUUCCACUACAGCAGAAUUUAUGGAUUUCCACGGUCAAACUCCAUUUAUGGAAGUAGAAGUGAAAGAAUGGGGAUUGCAUUUAGUAUGUCCGGAUGAUGGUGCUCUUGGUUUGGGAUCAGAUUUAGAUUCCUUCGUCAAUUUUAUUAAGGGCUUUGCUAGUCGGAAAACGCAGUCGGCGUGCAGUCGGCUGUACGGAAUGAAUAAAAAAAAAUUAUAUAAAAAUUAUUUUAUAUUCAAUGGGACUUGCAUGAAUUAUAAAAAGCUAUAAUAAUAAUUUUUUUUUUUCAUGUAGGUCCUGUAUUAAUUUUUUUUUUACAGCCGACUGCACGCCGACUGCAUUUCCCGACUGCACAAAUCAUUUCUCUUUUAUUAAUUUAGCAUUGGAAAACGAGAAACGAAGAUUCGAUUAAUCAGGAAUACCUCUUUAAUGCUUAGUCCUUUUGAGUAAUGGCUUGGCAUUGUUUAUUUUGGGAAUAGAAGAUGAUCACCAUUUUGUACCUGAAAUCUCUCAAUUCUAUUGACGAUGUCGAAGUGAUCAUGAAAUCUCAGACUGAUUAAGGGAAUGCAGACAAUCACUGAACCAGCUUUUCUUCUUUGUCAUGUUUAGUGAUCAUCACGGAAACUUCAGCUGCCAAAACGUGGGACAAUACUUGACAUGGAAGUGCUGCUUGAUGCGAAAUGAAGAUUCGAUUCAACAGGAGUCCUUUAUAAAAGUUGCUUUUUUGUGUUUUGAGUACUGGCUUUGGUAUUAUUUCUUUGGGAAUAGAAGAUGUUAACCAUUUUGUUUACAAGUUAGGAGUCGAAUUUCCAAUUGGUUUGUUUCAA